GUUUGGUCGAUCACCAUAGGGGUGGCGGCCACCAAAUGCUAUGUUCUCCUCCGUCUUAUAUUCCUACUUGUAUUAUAUUUGCAUUUAUGUUCGUGAUUUGUGGUGUGGGCUUUAUGAGCCCCGCAUUUAUAUUCUAUGGACUAACUCUUUAUAAGAGGCUUAAACCCGAUGCCCGCGCCACGCUCAAGGCUCGACGCAUGCUUGGAACCUCCGUACCUUACCGCCGUCUCUCCGACUCCAUCUCCUCUCUUCCCGCCCUAAAAUGCCUCCACGCCGUGGUCCUCAAGGAAGGCCUCGCCCACCGCCUCCCGUUGGCCACCAAGCUCCUCUCCCUCGCCGUUUCCCUCUCCCCCGCCGUCGACUACGCCCGCAAGCUGUUCGACGCCGCGCCCUGCCGGGACUCCUUCAUGUGGAACACCCUCCUCCGCGCCUACGCCGACCUCGGCCCCUGCGAAGAGGUCCCCGUUCUCUACAGGCAGAUGCACCGGGACGGCCUCUCGCCCGACCCCUUCACCUUUCCCUUCGUUGUCCGAUCGUGCGCGGUCGUCUCCGCCCUCCGCGAAGGGAAGCAGGCCCACUGCAACGCGAUCAAGCACGGCUUCGGUUCGAACGCCUUUCUGCAGAGCGCGCUGGUCACCAUGUACGCCCAGAACGGCGUGAUUUCCGACUCCGCGUUGGUUUUCGGUGAGAUGGCCUUCAGAAACAUCGUAUCCUGGACUUCGAUGAUCGCCGGUUACGUCCAGAAUAGCGUCUUCGGUAAGGCGCUGGGUGUUUUCCGAUGGAUGCUGGACUCGGGGACGCAGCCUAAUGAGGUCACCCUCGUGAGUGUUCUCCCUGCUUUGAGAGGUUCGGAAUGUCUGACCUCCGGGAUGUCGAUCCACGGGUUCGUGAUCAAACUGGGCUUCGACUCCCACCUUUCCUUGGCGAACGCUCUGAUCGCCGUGUAUGGUAGAUGCGGGGGCACAAGUGUGGCGAGGUACCUGUUCGACGGAAUGCCGGCCCGAGACUCGGUCUCGUGGAGCACCAUGAUCGCCAUGUACGAGCAAAGCAGCGAGGGAAUCAACGCGAUCAAGCUGUUCCGGAGAAUGCUGACGGAGAAGGUGGCGCCCAGCAGCGUCACAUUGGUCAGCGUCAUAUCAGCUUGUGCCGCCUCCGGAGACCUCGAAACCGGCAAAUGGGUGCACGGCUUCGCUCGGAACAGGGGGCUCGACGCCGAUGUAAGGGUUGGCAACGCGUUGCUGGACAUGUACGGCAAGUGUGGCAGCGUAGAUGCGGCCAGAGAUGUUUUCGAGAAGCUGGCAUGGAAGGGAGGGGUGGUCUCUUGGAGCGCCAUGAUCAGGGCCUACGCGGCGCACGGGCAGGUGGAGGCAGCGUUGCAGCUCUUCGCUCGGAUGCGAUAUGAGGGCGUUCGACCAAACAGUUUCACGUAUACCUCAGUUCUGGCAGCGUGCAGCCAUUCCGGUCUCGUGGAGGAGGGGAUGAACCAUUUUGAAAGCAUGAGGGAGUACGGGUUGACCCCCACGCUGGAGCACUGUGCUUGCUUGGUGGACCUCCUCGGUCGUGCCGGUAGUUUGGUGGAUGCGUACGAGUUCGUAAAGAGGAUGCCCUCGGAGCCCGAUGUAGGGGUGUGGGGGGCGCUGCUGGGGGCUUGCAGAAUUCACGGGGACGUCAACUUGGCUGAGUCGAUAUGGGAGGAACUCUGCCGCCUCGGUUGCAGCAGCGUCACGCUGUACGUGCUGAUGGCGAACAUCUAUGCAGAAGCCGGCCGGUGGGAGGAUGCGGCGAGGGUGAGAGACAUGAUGAGGGGGAUGGAGCUGAGAAAGGACCCCGCAUGCAGUUCUGUGAAUGCAGAUAGGCGCUCCCAUAGAGAUAGAGAGCGGCCAUUAACAAGAGACGAAUCUGUGACGCACGUUGCAGAUAAGACGGACAUGAGCAGAUGCACAGUGGUCGAUGAUGUUUCGUAAAGGUUUCUUAUGUCUUUGGCA